AUGUUAACCUAUAAAGCUAUUGGAGCGUUCUCUCCCUUUAUUAUAUAUGGCUUCUCAGAUAAAAUAAAAAUGCCUAGACUUCCAUCGAAUGCAAGUCAAUCAUCAAUGGAACAAAUCAUUGUUGAGAAAUCUGAUAUUGAGAUUGAUUUUCAUCCUCAAAAUAAGGUUGGGAAGCACUUAAUGGAAACAGGACUUCAGGAACUUAUGGCUAUGUACAAACCUCCUGCAAUAUAUCAUUGCGAAGAGAAGGGAGGUGUUUUUAAUUUUUAAGAGGGAUAAAAGAGAAAAGUACUGUUCAUUGUCCCAGGAGUUACUGGCUGUUCAGAGGAACCAUACAUUAAGGAAGUCUGCGGAGUAGCACUAUAAAAUGGUUAUAACCCUGUCGUGUUGAAUCACACUGCUACAAAAGAUGAUGAUUUAGAGCUUAGAGUACUUGAUAUGAGUGAUAGCAAAAUAAUGAGAGAGAGCAUUGAAAGAAUUCAUAAUAAAUAUGGUCAAGAUGUUGAAAUAUAUGGAGUUGGAUUCUCUCUUGGAGCUAAUCAUCUAUUGAGAUAUUUAGGGGAUCAUCAUCACGAUCAUGGAAUGAAAGCUGCGAUCUCAGUUUCAAAUCCCUUCGAUGUCCUAGCCACAACAAUAAGAAUGAGAUUUAAGUUCUUUGGAAUCUAUGAUAGGGCUAUAAGAGAUAUGCUUGCUCUAGGAUUUACACAGGGUAAAUUUAAACUAGAUAGAGAACGUUUUGAUCAUUUGUGGCUGACAAAAGCUAAGGGAUACAAAUCUAUAUAUGAAUUCGAUAACCACGUCAGAGCUAAAAUUCUUGGCUAUAAUUCAAUUCAUGGUCUCUAUAGGGAAGUCUCUUGUGAUCGGUUCCUUAACAAUAUAAACAUUCCAUUCCUUGUACUUCACUCUAGGGAUGAUCCUAUUUGUCCAAUGGAGUCAGUUCCUUAUUCAGACCUUAUGAAUAAUCCAAACUGUGUAAUAGUAUCAACUAAAAUCGGGGGGCAUUGUGACUUUUUUACUAAAAUACCAGGCAAACCUUUCAAAUAUUAGAGAGCAUUCAGUUUGAUGAUAAAGUGA